UGGAUACUAACGUUACACACUCAAACAAUAAGGAAAUGGGCAGUGUUGAGAAAGUGGUUGGGGUGAAGAAAGUGGAACAGGACCCGGAGACAUGGGAUCAUAGCAUGCCUUUGCCCGGAGAUAUAAUCGAAGGCAUAGCUGCUACUGCUGCUGAUAGCUCAUUUAUGCAGGCCAAAGGGUGGUCUGAGCUAACGUUGGUAGUUGCUCGGAUCAUCGGGCGGGCUGAUUGUGUUUGGUUGAAAGUUAGGAGAGGGGAGUGUAGUGUAAAGAUCCCGGUUUGCAUCGUUCAACAGAACCGUUCACAUCUGCAGAAAAGGGUGAAGAUCAGAGCAGCAUGUGAUGAGAAACAUGUUGCUGUCUUAUCUGAGUUAACUGUUGAAGAGUGCACAGAACUUCAAGAAAUGAGCAGAAGGGUAGUGAAUAUGGAGUCUGCCAGGGGAUUCAACCAGAUGCCAUUGCAAUACGACUGGAGGUUGAAGGUGAGAACUUACCUACCCGAUUCGCGUUCCACGGUGAUUAGCUCCAUUUUCUUCAUGCCUCUCCCAGGUGAAGGCCGUAUAGAACCCACCAUUAUCAGAACUAUGGCCUGGUUCUCAGCAGCAGUCUCAGGAGGAAUCCCCAUUGUUUUUGUUAAUAUCCAGACUGAGCAAAUCAUCCCUUUGGAGAGAAGAAAUGCUACUAGGAAACAAAAUUCCAUUUCUGUAUUCCAAUUUGUUCAAGGUGUGAGGUUAUGGUUCCUACCUGGUGUAGCAGAGGUCCCAAUUGAUCUUAUACCCGAACCGGGAGAGCCUCGAUUCGGUUUAGACAUUAGGCGGACCGAAGAGGGCUUUUUUUGUGUGUAUUCUGUAACGAGCGGGACAGCUGCGGGGCGGGCAGGGCUCGGGCAGCUGUUCGAGCAAGCGAACAGAACCGGGCACUUGCUGGUGAUUUCGCGGUUAGAAGGGAAAAGCUUGAUGCCAUCAACAGUGAGCUCGGAAGGCCUGAUAUACUGCUGUGACAAUGCAGAGAUUAAGGAAACUCUAAGCUCAGCAAUGGAGAGAAUGGAUGCUGUUCAGCUCCAUUUCAUGUCCUGGCCUAAUCACAGAAGCCAUUCUAGCCCUCCCCCUGCAUUUGGGGCUGCAGCCCUUCUCCCUCCAAGUUGA